CAAACUUUGCGCACAAGUUUCCUUCAGGAGCAGAGCCGCAGCACGAGAUCAGACAGACAAGGCAAAAUGAGCAUUCAGAGGCUGACUUUCCUGUGUUUGAUUAUAUUGUGCCUGGACAUCUGUCUGAGCCAAAAAGAUUGCACCGGCGUGGACUGUCCUGUCCUGGAGAGUUGCAUUGAAGAGGUUUUAGAGAGGGGUGCCUGCUGUGCCACCUGUGCACAAAAGGGAUGCACCUGUGAGGGCUACCAGUACUACGACUGUGUCAAUGCAGGCUUCAAGAGAGGGAAAGUUCCAGAGGGAGAGUCUUACUUUGUGGAUUUUGGAAGCACAGAAUGCUCCUGUCCCCUUGGAGGAGGGAAGAUUAUCUGUCACUUUAUUCCCUGCCCUGAAAUACCCCCUAACUGCAUUGAUAUUUUACAGCCUGAAGAUGGAUGUCCGCAUUGUGGACGAAUUGGCUGUGUCCAUGACAACAAGAAGUAUGAGGCAGGACACUCAUUUCAGAUGGACCAGUGCCAUGUUUGCCACUGUCCAAAUGAUGGUGGAAACUUGAUGUGUUCGCUAAUCCCUGGCUGUCACCCACACAGCAGUGAUAAGCCCAUGUUGGUCACCACCACCGAGAACAGCAGCCAUUUGAGAGACACUAGCCGCCCGCUGGACAGCAGGCAGAGAAACCCUCUGGAGCAGUUCUCCAAGUUGGCAUCAGGAAACACCCUACCACUGUAUAAGCAGGACCCACCCAGUUUUGGCACAGAAGAUUAUGACUAUACUCUGGCAGAGCCUACAUCUUCCUCUCCACAGGAUCUGGCCCGACCACUGGAAUCUACUACUGUACCACCAACUUACCCCGAGUCAAGCUCCACUUCCUUAAGCCUCCAAGAUGACAGGAGACAUGAGCUGCAAGAGAAGCAGAAAAAACAUGAUCCAGAGAGGAGAGGCAAGGCUGAAGUUCAGCAUAAAACUGAUUAUAGCUCUUUGAGGGCUCAGAAAGACACAUCAGUAUCAUCGACAACUGCCACCACACAGGAAGUGACCACAGAGAACCUGGAAGUUGGUGAGAGGACUGUGAGGCUUUCCAGUGACAGAGACAGGGUGCUGCAGGGCACGUUAAAAGACACAGUUCACACUGCACGGGCUGAUAAGCAGGGCAGACACAUGGGCCAUCACAAAAACAAUCACAAUAGUCACACGGGGAGUCACAGUGAGCCCCGCGCCGACAGCCAUAAGGGACACGAAAAUGUCCCAACGGAGUCCAGGCAGCUUUUUGGUAAUGAGGAGCAUGGCUCAUACCCCACGGUCCAGUUCAGUCCCACCAGCAGAGCUCCUGUCAGGGUGAGGGAGGAAGAGCAGGCCAGGAGACAGCCACAAACUCUCUACAACUACCAGCAUCACAAUGCCGAGGGAGACUCAGAAGUGUCUGCCAAGGAGCUGGUGAAGGUCUGCUGUGAGACAGGGGUGAAAUGGGCCACAGCUAAUGGUCACUGCAACAACAUGGAGCCCCCCACCAUGGAUAGGCAUUCCAUCUGUUGGACUGCUCAGACUCAGUGCUGUUUGGGAUCCCUCAAAGAAAACCGGUGUUUGGCCGGUAUUAAUGCAGCCAAAAAAGACGCUGUGUGUGAAGAGGCCAGCAAUGAUAAAUGUCCAACCGACUCCUACAAGGAGUGCUGUAGCUGCUGCUCUCUGGGGCUGCAGUUUCGCAGCGAGGGACACCGCUGCGAAGCCCAUCAGCACUUGGGCUAUCACUGCAGACACAUCUUUCUCACCUGCUGCGAGGGGGAGGAGCGGGAGAAGGUGGGUGCUAGAGAGCGAGAUGGCUGGCACACUGUUAAGGAGAGGCCCGCUCUCGACACCACUGCCCUGCCAAAGAAAGUGUCUGACACCCCGUUCCCUAAAGAGGCCUUCUCCAUUGGUGAGGAGCGGGAUGGGGAGAAUGGAGUGGAAGGUCCUCUUGAGGUGGAGGACAUGGAUGAGUGCCUGGUCUACCUAGGUAACCUCUGUGAGCACAGGUGCAUCAACACUCCAGGCUCUUUCAGGUGUGAGUGCUUCACAGGAUACGUGCUGCAAGAGGACGGCCUCACUUGUGCUCCAGAGGCUGGGGAUGGGGAGAACAGUCUGAGGGAGGAUGACAGAGCAUUGGUGGAGCCUACCACACUCCUUCCACCUCCUACCCAGCCCCCGGUUCCACUCAACCCCUGUGAAGGAAAUGGCCCCUGCAUGCAACAGUGCACCCCGGUGGGUGGAAGGCCACAGUGCUCCUGUUACCCAGGAUUCUCUCUGACGGCUGAUGGACAGUCCUGUGAAGAUAUAAAUGAGUGUUUGUCCACACGUGCCUGCCAGCCCAAUGAGCGCUGUGUGAAUACUGCAGGGAGUUAUAUGUGUCAAAGGCAAAUCGUCUGUCCCUCAGGAUACCAGAUCAACAAUGACAUAUGUGAAGAUAUCAAUGAGUGUGUGCAGAUGAGCCAUAACUGUGGGCUUGGCUUUGAGUGUGUGAACACCGAGGGCUCGUUCAGGUGUGACCCCAAACCUCACUGCCCUGUGGGCUUCAGCCAGGAUUCACAGGGCAACUGUAUUGACAUUGACGAGUGUGGCACUGUGGCCCAGCCCUGUAGUCCAGGAUUUAACUGCGUCAACACAGUGGGAUCCUACACUUGCCAGCGGAAGAUCUUAAUGUGCAGCCGUGGCUACCAUGCCAGUCCUGAUGCAUCCAGAUGUAUUGAUGUGGAUGAGUGUCAGAGCAAUCUGCAUCGAUGUGGAGAGGGCCAGCUGUGCCACAACCUGCCUGGCUCCUACCGCUGUGACUGCCAGACAGGCUACCAGUAUGACACAUUCAGGAGGAUGUGUGUAGAUGUAAAUGAGUGCUGGCGCUACCCAGGCCGCCUGUGUGCCCAGACCUGUGAGAACACCCCGGGCUCUUAUGAAUGCUCCUGUACUGCUGGCUUCCGCUUAUCCAGCGAUGGCAAGAACUGUGAAGAUGUGAAUGAGUGUUUGGCCAGCCCAUGCAGUCAGGAGUGUGCCAACAUCUACGGCUCCUACCAGUGCUACUGCAGACAGGGCUACUACCUCAGGGAGGACGGGCACACCUGUGAAGACAUUGACGAGUGUUCCCAAAGCAUCGGCCAUCUGUGUACCUAUAAGUGUGUAAAUGUUCCUGGCAGCUACCAGUGCGCCUGUCCUGAAUACGGCUACACCAUGUCCCCAAAUGGCCGCUCCUGUCGCGAUAUUGAUGAGUGUGCCACAAGGGCCCAUAACUGCUCUGUAGGUGAAACUUGCUACAACAUCCAGGGAGGCUACCGCUGCCUUGCUUUCAGCUGCCCACAGAACUACCGCAAAGUAUCUGACACGCGCUGUGAGAGGAUCAGCUGUCCCAGCUACUUAGACUGUCAAAACUCUCCUCUGAGAAUCACCUACUACUACCUCAGCUUUCAGUCUAACAUCGUUAUACCAGCCCAGAUCUUUCGUAUCGGACCCUCCCCCGCCUACUCCGGAGACAACGUCAUCGUCAGCAUCACCCGGGGCAAUGAGGAAAACUACUUCAGCACGCGGAAGCUGAAUGCCUACACUGGUGCUGUGUACCUGCACCGGCAGGUUCGUGAACCCAGGGAUUUCUCAAUUGAUGUAGAGAUGAAGCUCUGGAGACAGGGGACGUUUACCACUUUCCUGGCCAGGAUUUAUGUCUUCAUCACUGCCAACUCACUUUAAGACAGACAGGAGCCAUUCUGUGGACACUAUGGACCUUAACAUAACUCAUGAGGACUGUUGAAAUCACUAUAUAACAGUUUCAUAAGAUUUACCACUGUGUAUCAUGACAGGUUUGAUAGUUAAUUGUGUUUAUGUCCAGCUGAGGUUAACGGCACACAUGGCUGAAAGGGGAGUGGGCUAUUUGGAAAGAAAUGAUGUUAUUUUUAUGUCACUUCCCAUGUUUUGCUGCCAUCACAUUAAAACCUUGUCAUUCAGAAGCACCAAAUUUCCAUUUUCUUGACUGAGUUGAAAGUAUAAGUCUCUAAUUUAGGACUCAGGAAACUCAUUCCAAACACAUUCUUCUUUUUUUCCCCAAAAAAUACACUGAUGAUUUGUGUUGGUUUUAUUGAUAAAAUUGAAGUCUGAAAUGACUAAAUCCCCAAUAGCGUACAUUUUGAAGAUACAAGGUUUUUAUGUGACAUCAGCGAUAUGUUAAAUCAGUCGUUUUACCAGUGUUUUGAUUAUUGUAAUUAGGUCAAUAUGUGAGAAGAGCAUAACAGACAACCUCUAUCUCCUGCCCAGCCCUCUCUGUUUUUAUACUGAUAUUCCAGUAUCCUAGUAUUAUACUGUUCUGUUAUCCCAUUGCAAUGUCUAACUUGAUAACAUGGAGGUGAAAGCAGACGAAAUUCUAAGUGCUCUCAUUACAGUAUCUCUCUUUUCUAUUGCCCCGUGCUGCUGUUCUUAUUUUGUUUUUGAAGUAUUUUUACCACUAAUUUAAUAUUACCCUAUAUGACUUAUAUUUGUAUCUCUGUAAUCAGAAACAUUAUGAAAGGAUGUAUCAUAUUUUUUU